GCGUUCUUCUUCUUUCCGAAAGCUUUCAGUAACGGUGGUUUUGAAACGCCUACUUUUGUCUAUCAUUUUUCCCUACAACGAACGUGAUUAUUUCUGUCAAUACUCUUUGUCUUAUGGUAACGAAAUCUGUCUUGUUUAGACUGCUGAGAAAUAUGCAGAGUUCUCUGACGAGUAAUGUCCAACUACUUGCUCAGUUAACCAGUGAUGGUUUUCUGGCAGCUUUUGAUGAUAGUAUCAAGCUCCUUGAGGUAAAUAUGAGAAGAAAAAAGGAAUCACCUUCCUCCAAAUUUCAGUUAAAGAAGGAUCACACUCUAGCAGGUGCUGAAGCUUUGUGUUGUAUUUGUGAAAUCCUGAUUCAAGAAGAGACCACCCAGGAAGAAUUAGAAAAAGAAUUGUUAACUUAUGGACUUCAAAAUCAGAAGGUUAAUCUCCUUAUAUCCCAGCUUGACCACUUGAAGGAAUUGAUAGCUAAGAAUAGAUCAGUAGGGAAUUCAAAGGAGGAACUCAUUGACCUUCAGUGGAAAUUUGGAGUUGUUGCUGGCAGUAGUAUCAAAGAAGAAACUGGGAGAACCUUUGUGCAAGUAAAGCUCUUGUCUCGUUCUUCAGAUGGUUCUGUUUCUUCACGACAUAUAGAAAUGUCACUUGAGAAAUUCUAUGAUUUUCUUCAUCAGCUAGAAAAGGCUAAAGCAAGUUUUGAAUAUAUUAAUUAUUUGUGAUAUGUCUUAUACAAAACAACAUAGUUCAUUAUAUUGUCUGUUGUCUAGUUUUUAAGGUGCUGUAUACAUGCUGUGAUGAUGUAUAAGUAUUCUUUAUUCAUAUUUAAGUUAUGGAAAGACUGACAUUUAACUGUUACAGAACAAAAAUUUAUGCUUUCUUACUAGAUAAAUGCUUAAUGAAAGCUUAACAAAGUGUUAUCGUAGUUAUAUAACAGAAAUUUCUGUUAUCAUUAAAAAGUAUAUAGUACAUAGUUUAAUUAGGUCUCUAAGUUUUAUAUUCUUUGGAUGGCUGUUAUAUUUUUCAGUGAAAGCUUAAAAUUAUAACAUGAAAAUUGACAUCUGUAAGUACAUACUGAAGAAAUUGAUACGUAAGCAGGAAGAAUGACAAGUAUGUUACAUUUUAAGACUCUGUAAACUGGGUCUUGUUUUUCUUGUAAAACAUGUUCUAUGUACUGUUAAUGGUUAUCAGUGAAGACAUAAAACUAACAUCUUUCAUUCAUUCCAAAAUUGUGAUAUUUUCCCCUCAAACCCCAGCUUUGCUCUUUGUGUACACAAGUCGCCUUUGUUUUAAUUCUGGUUACUUUUACAGAAAAAUUCUGAUUGAUAUAUGGAAGCAUGGCUUCCAUAUUUCUUCUGAAUGAUUUGUAUUUCUCUUACUUAAUUAGGUGAUUUUAAAACAGCAGCUUCCCAAGAAUUUCCUGCCUCAGUAAUUUUGAUCAAGUUUCAAGAAAUCUGUGACUUAAUAUUUUAUCAAUUUUCUUUGCCAGUACUUGUAUGUAAAAUGAUUGUGGCUCUUAUCAAAAGAAUAUAAAAUCUAAUAAAUGUAAAAUUAUUAUUACAUGAUUGUCAAUGGAUCAAGGUAAAACAAUAUUCUUAGUCUUUUCCCACAACUACAAACAAAAUAAAGCUGGGUAGGCUAUUAAUCUUGUUCAAAUGAAUUUUUGAGUGUUCAAAACUCAUGUUACCAAGCGUUUUCUGUUCGAACAUAUUCAGAAACACAGUGCCUUGGGUAUGAAAAAAAUUGGUUCAAAAGUCUCAAAUUUAUAAAAAUAAACUACUCUGGGUGUACAAAUAAGUUGAUUAGACAGUCUUGUGAGAUUUUAUAUGUAACAACAAUGCAAAUUGAGGCACACUGUUAUUCACCACUUAUUUUUCAUGUGCAAGACUAGAGCCUCAACUAUUGGUUUACAUACAUGUAGCAUGGACUCCUAGUACAGGCAGUCCCCAGGUUACGAUGGGGGUUCCGUUCUUGAGACGCGUUCUAACCCGAAAAUCGUUGUAAGCUGGAACAUCAUAAAAAAUCCUAAGAAAACCUUACUUUUAAUGCUUUGGGUGCAUUCAGAACUAUGUAAACUACAUUCUUAUUGCAUUUUUCAUCAAAAAAACCUUCAAAUAUUGAUUGUUUUGCAAUUUUGGUGUCAUAUUUCUUCUGCCAGAUCAGCAUUGUAGGCGUCGUAACCCUGGAACAUGCGUUGUAACCCUGGAAAUAAUUUCUGAUGAAUAUAAUUGAAAAGCGCCUUAACCUCGGAACGUCGUAAGCUGAACCCGUCGUAACCAGGGAACUGCCUGUUAUUGUUUAGAUGGAGCCAAAAUUUUGCAAGCAUUAGCAUAGACGAUGUAAUUUGUUGUUAAAAGAUGUAGGUUUGGAAUAUUAAGUAUUAGAAUGGAUUUUAAAUGGUUUACUCAUUUGAAACCUAAUUCAAGCAUUUACUGGCCUGGGGAUAACACAAGUUCACAGAUCCCACGCUAACAUUUAAUGUUAGGUAUGGUAAAUUUUAUUAGUAAGUGGUUGGAUUAAAAAAUUAAAUGGUAAGAGGAGGUGAUGUUCCUCAACAGAAGCUAAAGGCAAGUUAUUGUUCUGGAAAGGAAAUCAUUGAUAUAUUCUCUAGUUUCUCAUCUCUUGGCUUCCUCUUUGUAUUUGGGAUACAAAGUUUUUAUUGUCAUUUUGCAACUCAGCAUUCAGGUAUGGUAUAAAUUAAUUGAGUUUGCCUUUUAUUUUUACCAGAAUCCUUAUUGUCAAGCAAACAAAACUUUUUCAGCAAUCUAAUCCUCGUGUAACAUAGAUCCAUGCUUACAUGUGCUUUUUCAAAUUAUUUUGUCCGAGAGUUUACAGGACUACUAUAAGCUUUAACUUGCAUGGAAUACUGCUUAGAGAAUGUUAUGUUUGGGAUUGUACAUUUAUACCACAGUAUUAUUGUUGUAACUUACAACAAGAAUAGUAGUACAUAUAGUACAAAGGAUAUGGUUAUAUUCUAGUUUUGAUCAGUAAAGCCUUAUUCGAAUAUAAGUAUUCCACUGUAUGAUUUAUCUUUUUGUUGAAUUGAUUCUUACCAUUUUAUUAAUCAAUCUGGAUUUAAUUAUACUGUAUUUCUCUG